ACUUCUCCCCCUCCUGCUUUUGGUCAAUAUGAACUCGUCCUUUUGUACUUAGGCUUUUAGAUAAGAAUGUUAGGGCGGUUCAGUAGUUUGUGCAAUUGCGAACUUGGUCUAUUGGGGCGCUUUUCAGUGUAAAAAUGAAUGGCAGAUGACGUUACUGUGUAGUGUGUAGUAACCGUGGAAUUUUGAUUCUAUUUAACUGCUUCAGCAUCAACCAGAAUGGGUAAAACAUUUUGCCAGAACUGCAAGAAAAAGUGUUCCGGAGAGGUGUUGAGAGUUCAGGACAAGUAUUUCCACAUCGGCUGCUUCAAAUGCCAAGUGUGCAAGAACUCGCUGGCGCAGGGGGGGUUCUUCUGCAAGGACGGGGCGUACUACUGCACGGCCGACUACCAGCGCCAGUUCGGCACCAAGUGCGCCGCCUGCGGGGACUACGUGGAGGGCGAGGUGGUGUCUGCCCUCGGCAACACCUACCACCAGAAGUGCUUCACCUGCGCCCAGUGCAGGCAGCCGUUCCCGUCGGGAGAGCGCGUCACCUACACCGGCAAGGAGGUGCUGUGCCAGAAGUGCAUCAAGAUCCCGGUGCGGGAGAGCCAGUCGCCCCAGGCCAGCCCGUCCAGCACGGGCGCCCCAGAGUGCGCUGGCUGCCAGGAGCCGCUGAAGGACGGCCAGGCGCUGAUAGCUCUGGACAGGCAGUGGCACAUCUGGUGCUUCAAGUGCCACACCUGCGGGGCAGUGCUGCACGGGGAGUACAUGGGCAAGGACAGCAUCCCGUACUGCGAGAAGGACUACCAGAAGCAGUUUGGGGUGAAGUGCGCCUACUGCAACCGAUACAUAUCCGGGAAGGUGCUGCAGGCGGGCGAUAACCACCACUUCCACCCGACCUGCGCCCGCUGCACCAAGUGCGGGGACCCCUUCGGCGAUGGAGAAGAGAUGUAUCUGCAAGGCACGGCCAUAUGGCACCCGCGCUGCGGCCCGGGCCCCACGGAGAACGGCACCGUGCUGAACGGCUCGCUGGAGAACGGCCACUGCACGGACGGCGAGAGCACCAAGGACGGGCGGGAGUUCGACCGCAUGAGCAGCUCCGGGAUGAGCGAGAUGCAGUAUUCCAUUCGUUCUCGCACUCCAAGCUUUAAUGGUUCAUUAUAUAGCCCCUACAAUAGCUUGUCGAGAAAGUACCACCGCACUGGCAGCCCCGGACUGAUCCUGCGGGAGUACAAGAGCCACCAGUACCCGGAGGACAUCAGCCGCAUCUACACGUACAGCUACCUGACGGAGGAGCCGACCCACGGCUACCUCAAGAGACCAGUCGACCCCUACGACAAGCCGCCCACCUCCCCGCACUUCCACCGACCCUCCUCGGCCCAGUCACGCGGCAGCGGCAAGUUCAGCCUCAAGUCGGGCUCGCACAAGUCGGGGAUGCGGGUGAUGGCGGACAGCAUCCGGUCGGAGACGCCGCGCCCCAAGUCGCCGCACAUGAACAACGAGGAGCCCAUAGAGCUGGCGCACUACCCCGCAGCCAAGAAGCCCGCCCCCGGCGAGAAGCCCAAGAUAGAGCGCGACGACUUCCCCGCCCCGCCGUACCCCUACACGGACCCCGAGCGGAGGCGUAGGUGGUCAGACACGUACAAGGGGGUGCCGAUAUCAGACGACGAAGAGGACCAGGUGGACGGGGAGAAAACCGACGGCAAGGGAGAGGAGAAGAAACUCAAGAAGGAGGAGGAGGAGCUGAGCAAGAUCGCGACGGGCAUCGGCAAGGUGUUCCUGCAGAGCGUGCGGGAGCGGGAGAAGCUGCGGCAGUGGAGGAUGGCACACCUGGACCCUCGCAACGCCUCGCGCACGCCCUCGGCCGCCCGGGAGCCGGCAUACCGCCUGCGCUACGAGUCCCCGGUCAACGCCUCGCCGUCGCGCAACGUGGACCACCCGCGGCCGUGGGAGGAGGACGAGCUGAUCGACCGCAGCUCCAGCUACCGCUCGUCCGUCGGGCGCUCGAUCGGCACCAUCCCCAGCUACAACGUGGUGAGCGCCCUCCGCCACGUGCCCAAGCCGGGGUACGGCCUGGCCGCUCGCUCUCACACCUUCAGCAGCACGGGCGGCAGUGUGUCCAACAUCGGAGGUGACUUCUCGUUCAGCGCCAUGGGCGACAAGACCCACAGCACGGAGUUCAGCAGCGGCAAGUCGGACAUUUCAACCGGCUCCAUUUCCGAGGUGGACAGGCGGGCCCUGAACGCUGAGCUGCCGGCGUCCAGCACCUUCGCGCCGGGGCUGCGCUACGCUGCGUCGUACAGCCCCCACCUGCGCCGCUCGCUGCCCAACAUGUCCCACCCCAUGUCCACGGAGCCCGCCAAGGUCUACCCCUACCACCUGCUGCAGAUCUGCAACUACCGCCUGCCCGCCGACGUCGACCGCCUCAACCUGGAGCGCCACUUGUCGGACACGGAGUUUGAGCUGGUGUUCCAGUGCAGCCGUGUUGACUUCUACCGGAUGCCUCAGUGGCGUCGCAACGACAUCAAGCGGCGGGUCAGGCUGUUCUAGACCGCUUACAGCUGCGUAGUCUCUCCUUUUUGCCAGCAUUUCAGCUUCUCUUCUGUCACGGGGGGCCGCAUCGCCUCUCUGUUUUACUCUUCGACUUGUCGCUUGCACCCAGGGCUCACGAGUGCAGUGUGCGAUCGCAUUGGCGUGACGAACUGAAAGGUUUUUGUCUGCAGCUGUUUUCCGGCUUGAGUGUAAAUACGAGUAUUUCACGGCACCUUACGGACGUGUGUGCACAAAACCCGUCAGACUGCUUCCUAGCAACACUUACAUGUCUACUGUAGAGAAUGUGUAUUGUAUUUUUAAAAAGGUGGAUUAUUGUUAUUCAGUUUAUUUUUAACGGGACAGUUGUAAUUUGUCUCGUCUGCCGUUUUCCGUGUAAUCCAUUGUACAGGAGAAUACUCCAGGUUAGUUAGUCGGUAGCGUCGUUAUUCACAGUUUACGUUUUGUUUCGAUUCUUAGAUUCUCACAGUGUUGUUGAGUCUGUGCCUGCAUUUAAAGUUGUGCUUGUUGGGGGGGGGACGGCUGCUUCGGCCUCACAGUGGUGCCAACAGUUAAGCUAGCGCAGCUACCCAGCAUUUGUCGUUCCUACACGAGGGGCCGCGUCAAAUCGCGGCUUCACCCAGGUGCAUGUGGAAAUCUUUUCAGUAUCUGUGUAUGUUUGCAGUGCGAGUGUUUUACCUAAAGCCUGCCUGAGGAAUCUUCUGUAAUUUAUGUGUAAAUGCAUUAGGACAUUGCAUAUUGUGCAGCAAUUGGGGGAUUUUAUUUUUUAGCUUAAGCAUUGGAUAAACACAAAAUGGUAGUUACACUUUCACGUGUUUGAACAUGCAUCUCUUUUAAAAGUGUGACAUUUCCUCUCUCUAAUUUUUAAGUAGAAUAUUGCUGUUAUACAUUAAGAGGGUUUUUUUUUUCUGACACGCAAAAAUAUAAUUCAUGUCUUUCAUUGAGGCUGAUUUUCAAAGUAAUCUUUGCUUGUCGAUCGGCUGGCUAUUCGAAGGGCUGUUGUCCAUAAGUGAAUCCAGGAAGAUAUUGGGUGCUGUUUUAAGCUUUUGGCAAAUGCUUAAUAUCCUUCAAGUUGAUGCUGUAGCCGUAACACUUACCCAGGUUGCUUUUUCCGGUAUAAUAAUAACUAAAAAUAAAAUUUUUAAUAGUGUGUGUUACUACAUGAAGAAAAUUUCUGAUUCCAAGUUAGCUCCCUUAGACCAAUAUCGUGUGUUUGUUCCAUAACAUAUUGUUACAGUUAUUAAUGUCUGUUAUUUUAAGACAACAGCCCUAAGUUGCAAUUUUUUAUUGUAUUUUUCUGGUUUUAUUCACUGGGUAUUGGUAUGCCACUCAUUAGUUAUUAUUUUUGACACCACUUGAAAUAUUCUGUGGACUUGUAAAAAAAAAAUUGUUGUGAAUAAUGUAUUUAGUUUUUUUAGUAGUGUUGAAAUAUCGCGAUUAAAAUGACUUCUGUAUAUUCUUUAUGGAAUAAAGGAGAUAAUGUGGAUUGGA